AUGUUGUGACGUGACCUAUUAGGAAACGUCACUUUGACGUCUACAAUAUAAACUUUAUAUUGGAAUUGAUAUAACUGGACAUAUUUCAUGAGAAUUUUCAAUUUUUGAACAUAAAACCCGUGAACGAAAGUAAACUCCUCUUAUCAAUAAUAAAGGAAAUUCACCAUAACCGAAUCUGCAAAAUCUGGAAAAGAUAAAUAAUGAAAAUCUGAUAAACAUUCUUAUAAGAUUGAAACAUGGGAAACGUCGAUACCAAAUUAAGUUUUAGACAAGCUGUUGUUGAAUUAACAUCGAAAGCAGAACCAAUCGAUGCUGGUGAUGAAUCUUUUUGGGAACAAUUUUGGUCUGAAAAUGUAACCAAUGUACAGGAUGUAUUUACUUUAGUGCCUGCAACGGAAAUCAGAGGGUUAAGAGAGGAAGCUCCUUCUAAUUUAGCAACCUUAUGUUAUAAAGCUGUUGAAAAACUUGUUAAGGUAGUUGAUAGCAGUUGCAGAACUCAAAGAGAGCAACAAACAGCCUUAAAUUGCGCAAGACUUUUGACAAGGAUUUUACCUUAUAUUUUUGAAGACCCAGAAUGGAAAGGUUUCUUCUGGUCAUCCUUACCAAGCCAAGGAAAUGAUGAAGAUGAAUCAACACCCUUGGCCCAGUCCUUAUUGAAUGCCGUCUGUGAUCUCCUUUUCUGUCCAGACUUCACAGUAGUUGGUGGUAGGAAAAAUGGUCCUGAUAAAGCUGAAGAACUUUCAGCAAUUGACAGCUGUGAAUACAUUUGGGAAGCAGGCGUUGGUUUCGCCCAUUCCCCUGCUAAAAAUCCUAUGUUCGAAUCCAAUCGUACUGAAUUGUUGAAAUUGUUACUCACAUGUUUCAGUGAAACUAUGUAUCAACCUCCUACUGAUAUUUCACACAAUCCAAACAAAUGGAUAGCACAUCUAACAUCGUCAGAAAACAGACAUGCUCUACCUAUGUUUACUUCGCUUAUAAACACAUUGGCAUCUUAUGAUCCUGUUGGCUUAGGUGUUCCAUACAACCAUUUGAUCUUCAACGAUUGGCUUGAGCCACUUGUUGAAGCUUGCCUUCAAAUACUUAUUGUAACAUUGGACCAUGACACAAGUUCUUCAACCUCAGCAGAAGGAGAAGAUACCUCCAUACCAGACAACUUGUUCAUCAACUAUCUUUCGAGGAUACACAGAGAUGAAGACUUUCAUUUCAUUUUAACUGGGAUUACAAGGUUACUCAACAACCCAUUGAUACAAACGUACCUUCCCAAUUCCACCAAAAAGGUACACUUUCAUCAAGAGUUGCUAGUGUUUUUCUGGAAGAUUUGUGACUACAAUAAGAAAUUCCUUUAUUUUGUGUUGAAAAGCAGCGAUGUGCUAGAGGUUCUUGUUCCUAUUCUUUACCAUUUGAACGAUUCUAGAGCUGAUCAAUCAAGAGUUGGCUUGAUGCAUAUUGGUGUUUUCAUCCUUCUUUUAUUAUCUGGCGAGAGAAAUUUCGGAGUAAGAUUGAACAAACCGUACACCGCUACCAUACCAAUGGAUAUUCCUGUUUUCACCGGUACUCACGCUGACCUCUUAAUAAUCGUCUUCCACAAGAUCAUUACGACUGGACAUCAAAGACUUCAACCUCUCUUCGAUUGUUUGCUGACCAUUUUAGUGAAUGUUUCCCCUUAUUUGAAGACGCUCUCUAUGGUUGCAAGUACCAAGCUGUUACACCUUCUAGAGGCUUUCAGCACCCCUUGGUUCCUGUUUUCGUCCCCUUCGAAUCACCACUUGGUGUUUUUCCUUCUUGAAAUCUUCAACAACAUUAUCCAGUAUCAGUUUGACGGCAACUCCAAUCUGGUGUAUACAAUAAUAAGAAAACGUCAGGUAUUCCACAGUUUGGCCAACUUACCUGUAGACUACAGCACAAUCUCAAAAUCUUUGAAUAAGAGAGCUAAAAAACUGUCGACUGGUGUUUCGCACGAAAAUGUUUCUGAAAUACCGAUGGAAGGGUCCAAACCGGCCCUACCUGCUGAACCGGGUACGUUGAAGGCCACCUUGGCUGACACUCCUAACAUAGCACAGAUGACAGAGAGAGAAUCCGCCCAUCCAAACUUUCAACAUUUUGAACAAGUAACUUUGACAAACGGUAUGGCCACUGUGAGCAUAAACGCACCUGACAUGAGCCAAGAAGGCAACUGCGAUGUUGUUCCAGGUCAGAAAAACGAGCAACCGCCAUCCGAGACCAAAGAAAUUCGACCUAAAAGUCCUAGUAACAGUCUGGCAGGAAGUACUUAUUCCAAGAGAAGUGUAGCCACUAAAAACAGCCUUCGAGUUACCGAAGUACCUGAAGGUUCUAACGGUCAAUGGGUACCUACAGGAGAAUGGGUUCAUUCCUGGAAGUCCAAAUUGCCUUUACAAACCAUCAUGAGACUGCUCCAAGUGCUGGUUCCUCAAGUAGAAAAAAUUUGCAUUGACAAGGGGCUGACUGACGAAAGUGAAAUUUUGAAAUUCCUCCAACAUGGUACUUUGGUAGGACUCUUGCCUGUGCCCCACCCGAUUUUGAUAAGAAAAUAUCAAGCCAAUUCAGGAACGACAACAUGGUUUCGAACUUAUAUGUGGGGUGUUAUAUACUUGAGGAAUGUGGAUCCUCCAGUAUGGUACGAUACUGAUGUAAAACUAUUCGAGAUUCAACGGGUUUAAUUUAGUCAAUGUUACUUAGUUCAAAUUAUCUGUUAUUUAUUUAAUUUAUUAUAUAGUUCAUGUUUAAUUAUUGUCACCAUUGUGAUAAUUCAAACUUGGAAGAUAAUUAUUGUGCAUUUAUGUGAAAGCUUUAAGCGAAUCUCCUGGAUUUAAUUUAGUGAUUGUUUAAUUAAUUUACGCUUAGCUGAGUUAAUCAAGUUACCUUUGCUUUACCAUGGAAUUGUUUAGUACUUACUCUCAACUUUAAGAGAAUCUUUGGAAAAUGAUAAAGUGCCCUAUUGUAUCUGCAUUUACAAAUCAGAAGAAAAGACUGUGUUACAUUCGUAAGGUCCACUUCUCAUUCCCUGUUGUGAUUAUUUUGAAUAAAAUAUAAUUUAGAAGGUAGACAAAAUAGACAAGAUUUCUAUUUUAAGUAUGAUUAUAUCCAUUACUUUAUGUUCGGACAAUUGUGGAAUUGUAUCUUCAAAAUUAUGUAUGAAAUAUAAGUGUCAACAUAUCAAA